CUUCUGAUUUGUUUUCUCAAAAGUCUUUGACAUCUACGUUGUAUUUGGAAUUGGCUUUGAUUUUGCUUCAUUAUCAUGUUUUUUGGCUUGCUUUUGGAAUGGAUAUAGUAAUUUCCCCGAAUCAGUAUCGCAAAUAUGCUAUUGAUGGAAAGCUGCAGCUGUCCAAUGGAUUUUUCCAGCGAUAUUUUGAAAGUGAUGGUGUUGAAGCAGAAGUCCCUAUUCUACAAGUUUCGCUUGUCAAAAAAGUGGUUGAAGGUUCUAUCGGUUAUCCGCAUUCGUCUUUUCGAAUAAGAUUGAGUGACGGAACUUUUUAUUAUUCAGGACUGUUUCUUGCUAAUCAUUUGGAAGAGCAGUGUAUCCGCGAUAAUCUGCUUAGGAAUGCAGAGAAUGGUGGUGAAAUAAUUGCAGUAACUAAAGUUCACAUGAAUCUUCAUUGUAUGAUUGGUAAAAAAAAUGACGAAAAUUCUGGUUCGCCAAUGCUUAUAAUUAAUGGUUACGAAUUGCUCUCCAGAGGGCAUCCUAUAUUAUCUUUGGGAGUGAGCCAUGAUGGAAACAAGAAUACUUUCGCGAACUUUUCACCCGUAAAUUCGUACCAUGUGGAUUGGAAUCCUUGUAUCAUGGAUAAUGUGGCUGCUUCAUCUACUUCCCACAAUGCUACAUCUUCAAAAAUGCUCCAGCUGAACUCAGCUGAUGUUAGCGUUACGCCUAUCAGCAUGUUAACACCAUAUAUGGGUAAUUGGCGUAUUUGUGGUGUGUGUACUUCUAAAGAAGAGUUGAAAAAAGUCAGAACGCGAACUGGUGAAGAUGCCGCGGGCGGUACACGACAGGAAACCAUAGAUUCUACAUGCAGAAGCAGCGAUCUUUGGAGCCAUUUUAUCACUUUUAUCCUCGACGCAAACUUGAGGGUGAGCGAAGAGGAGCAAGACUUCGCACGCUGGCUUCUUUUAGUUGGAGCUGGAAGAAAUUUUGAUGAUGAUGACAACAUCCUGUUACCUCCUUCCAUGUGUUUAACUUCUGAAAAUGAAGUUAUCGAUUGGAUUUAUACGCCUGAGCUUAUGAACGAUUUACAGAAACUUUCUCGAGCAGCCUUGUUAACAGUACGCAAUUGUGAUGCUGAAGCACUGAACAUCAAAGUUUUGAAUAGGUUACCAGGAACCGCUAUCGAUUUUAUUGGAAUUGAUAUACCAACCAUAGAGGAAGAUGGAUUCAAUGGUCUUCCUUGUGACAAUGAAGAAUAUUUUCAUACGCUCAUGCCAGCUUCCUUGCCACCAUAUAUUCUACGAAUUAAAGAAGGGACAAGGACAACACUACUAGGACAACAAGAACAAGGUCAUUACGAUCCGACCCCAACAGACAUAGUAAAUGCUUCGCGAUUCUGUAAGAUCGAACGUGGCAGAGAUAUUUAUUCCACUAUUGAAUGCACACAUCUCAUACUGGAUGCUAUGAACGGUAUUUCCAACGAGCCCAACUUCUACGAUUCAAUAAAAAUGGCAAGCACAUAUUAUAAGUUUCGUCUGGCCAAUUCGCAGUUAACGCAAAUCUCAAACAUGUCUAUAGUGAAGUUAGUGAAAGAUGCCGAGCUUAUACUGGUCGAAAACCCCCUGUUGGAAAGAAUACCACAUUUUGAAAUUGAGAACGGUAGACGAAUACUACUUGAUGUCCGUAACAAUCCUCUACUAGAUACUACGCAACUGCUAGAAGAAUGUAAGAGAAAACGCUGCCCACCUCGGAUUAUUAACUCAGUGCAAAUGCCCUAUUCAUGUACCUACACCGCCUCCCCAACUCUACCCUCUGCAUGCACAAACGUCAGCGACGAUAUCGAUAUCAAAGAAGAAGACCUAGACACUACAGUCGAAGUCCUUUAUGGAACACUGAUGCUCAGAAGUAGCAACUGGACAAGUUUUCCAAAGUUGAAGAAUCUUCGACGAAUCGUGCAAAGGCCUGGCAAAGCUGCUCUCGUAAUUGAAGAUAACCAAAUCCUGCGUGAUUUGGACGCAGUGUUUGACAUCGACUUCUCUAUACGUGAUUUCAAAACUGCUGUGAAAAUUGAGAAUAAUCCGGAAUUGUGUCUUCGCAGAAACUAUAGCAACAAUCCAUUUGCGCAAAAAUUUCUUAGUGGUUUACAUCCUUGCAGUAAGUUCGCACUUUCGAAAUGUUACGAUAGUUUGUGUGAAAUCGAAUUGCCUGCAUUUCGAUUAAAUGUACUUUUACCAGCUUUUGAAGUCACUUCGACUCAACAUAUCAGUCCAAAUAACACAAAAAGUGUCAGAAACACUCUUGAACUAGAGUUAUUGCCCCAGCCUCUAAUAACAAUCGCUAGGGUAGCUGGUGAAAAUCGAAGGCAAUAA